AUGAUUUUUUUUAAAUUGUACCUGUUAAUUGGCUUCUUAACCGUAUCUAAUGCAAAAACAAAAUUUAUGCCCAACUUGCCUUUGGGAGAAUAUCGAAUGAUAUUAACAGCAAUUUAUCAAUGUGCAGAAGAAACAAAAGAUCUACCGAUCAAGUUUAAUGUAUAUUUGAGUAAAAAGUCAUCUAAUUUAACCGAAAUCAGAGGGAAUUUGACAUCUGAAAUACCAUUUGACGAUUCUAUAGUAUUUGAUGCAAACUUUGCUUCUUGGAGUUUAACUGGUGGUUGGAAACCAAAUUCCAUCGUUUAUGUAACUAAUAAUGCCUGUUCUAAAGUGAAAAGUAUUCUUGGAAAUGCAUGGAUUGCGUUUAUAAAGGUUUUCAAUGCAUCAACAGCAAACUGCCCGAUACCAAAGGGUAUAUAUAAAUCAUCGGGAUAUGGCACAACACUUUUAAAUGACAACAAUUUUCCUAAAGUGUAUUUUUAUGGAAAAUAUAAAUAUGUGGGUAAGCUAAAAAACAAAAAUAAUAAGCUACUUGGUUGUAUAGCUGCUGAGUUAAGUAUUGUACGGCCAUGGGAAACGAUUUUAUGAAUGAAUAUUGUGUAUUAGGUAUUACCUAUAGUAGUUAAAAUAAAA